CUUAGCUAUACGAACGUUAAAGCCGUUCAUGUCAACAUUGGAUUGCGAUUGUGAUCGCUUAGGACUCGCAUCUUGUAUCAUUAGUACGCAUGUCAUGGAUGCAUGCGCCAACCAAAGGUAUACUGGAGAGAACCGAUUUGAUGUCUGGCCAGGGUUUUUCUAUCGAUGUGUCUUUGACAUGCCUCGUAGCACAAUGACAAUGUAAGUAGGAUAGGGAAAGGGAUACUCUGAUAACACAUGGACGGUUUAUUGAUACAGGUCGCUAUACCUUCUACCUUCCCACAUCCAGUACCCAACCAUGUAUACCAAGCAAGAAUCAACCACUCUUCUGAAAGAAUUUAGCGCCCAUUUCAGUCAGGGCAAUGGUAAUGGUAGUUCUCUGAAAGUUGGUCUUCCUAAGAAGGUCAUCGAGCAGGCCUUCGGGUCGCUCGAUGCGCUCAAGGAGUUCAAUGCCACUACUGCUGGUAUACAAGGUUGGGGCUGGCUCGGUUUGAACCUCUCCAUCAAGCACCUCUAUAUCACCAAGACCGUAAACCAGAACCCGCUUCUGAUCUACAUCCCUGUUGACAUCCGGGAGCAUGCUUUCUACCUCUAGUAUCUAUUACCUGAAUGCCAUUCGGACCGUCAUCGACUCUGAGGCUGAAGAGGGUCUUUCCUGCAAGCUACCGAGGAGGGCAACGGAGUGGAAUGAAGGAGGAAUGAAUUCACGACGCGUCACUUGUCACAAUUCGCUGUAAGAUAAAGCUACGAUAAGUUUGAUUGUCCGUUGAAAAACGUUUACUGGUUCAAUCUAUUUUCCUUUGAAGUCGUUCAUAGCUUUUACUGUCACAAAGAAGCCAGCGGGAAUCUUUCUGAGACCAAGG